AUGUCCACACGCAGAAAGAAAUCCGAGACUGCCCCGGCCAGGGCCGAUCGCGCCCAACAACCCGCCGCCGAGUAUGCUAUCAGCUCGGGUAACUACCAUGAGGACCUGCUGCACGAUCUCUUUCACGUCGUCCGAUCCAUCGACCCCGAUCACACUCCGACCCUCGUCGACAUGAUCCGCAACCAUGCCUCGCUGGACGAGGUGCGGGCCUACCUCACUCGCGCCCUGGCCGCUGCCCAGCCCUCGACCCCAGAUCAGGAGGACGCCCUGCACCGCCUGGAGGGUCUGCGUCAUGGUAUUGAGGUCGAGAGUGAGCCCCCGCGCUUUCGCCCUCAGAUCAUGGACAUCCGGUAUUUGUGCAGUAAUGCCCCUUAUCGCGUCCCUGCCAAACCCUGGACUUCGGUCACCGACGACGAUGACCUCGUCUCCCACUUGGUCUCCCUCUACCUAAUCUGGGACUAUCCCUUCUUCGCCUUCUUCGACAGCGCAACCUUUAUUAAGCACAUGGCCAUGGGCAACACCGAGUCCGACUUUUGCAGCCCCUUCUUGGUUAACGCCCUGCUGGCCAACGCUUGCUACUACUCCCAAUACACCGAAGCCUACACUGUUCCCGGUGAUGUCCGUACCAAAGGAGCCGAUUUUCUGGCAGAAGCAGAACGCCAUUUACAAUCGCAUCAGUUUGAGAAGGGAGGCGACAUUCGUCUGGCAUCUUUGCAGGCGCAUCUAUUGCUGUAUGAGAGGUACUCUUUGUCGGGCCACGAUGACUGGGGAUACACUAUGUUGCAUCGCGCCAUCGAGAUGGGAGAGUCGCUAGGCAUCGUCAACAAGAAGACUGACUUACGCCUCUCCGUUUCCCAAAUGUCCGAGGACAUGAUCGUCUCCAUUAAGCGCACCGCCUGGGGCCUGUUCCAGGUAGACACGGUCGUCCACACCAACUUCCUCCGGCCAAGCCGCGUUAGCUCCGUAAGUGUCGAGCCUAUCGACCGAAAUGGCACGAACACGAGCGACAUGUGGGCACCGUACCCAAUAUCUCAACAAUCCCGCCCGUCGUACCUAAACCUUUAUUUUGAUGAGGCAUGCAAGCUCUCCUUCAUUGCCCGCGACAUUUCCUGGAGUCUCUCCCGCACCGAUCGGUCGGGCACCGAGCCAGAUCAGCGCAAGCAAGAACUCUACGACCGGCUCAGUGCAUGGGAAAGCAAUCUUCCCGAGUGCUUUGAUCCGGCCACGCGACCGGCACCACAUCUACUAUUGCUCAGAAUGCGCUACCAUACACUAGUGAUAAACCUCUGCUGCGAUCGAUUCGGAUUCCACCCCAUACUCUCCGAGGGUGACGAGCUUACGCCCCGAGAGAGUAAAGGAUUUAGCGCUGUGGAAAUCGCCCUUUCGUCAGCGCGAACCAUCGCCGCGCUCACCCAGCAGCUAAGGGUGGAAUACGGGAUGGAACAUGCCCACCAGUUCGCCAUGUACUCGGUCAAUCUGGCGCUGUUCACCCUUCUCGGCCAGGACACCUUUGAUAUCCUCGACCGCGACUUCCUCACCUUGACCAGCGCAUUGUCGAUCAUUGCCUGCCGCUCCCAACUGGGACGCCACCUCUUCCACCUCUUCAAGCUGUCGGUGCGGUCCCGCAACCAGGGCGAUCGGGUGCAGCAGUCGCAGGAGGUGCCACCCGGGAUCAAGGAGCUGUUCCAGCCAGACACGAUGGCACAGGUGCCCGACCGGUGGGAUAGAUACGCCGAGGGGUUAACCAAAAUCGAUGGCGAACAGAGUUAUGUGGACCACUUCCAGGACGAUCCCCAGUCGUUAGCUACCUCUGGACUGCACGAGAUGCUGCAGCGAUACGAGCGGUUAAGUGUAGGCAAGGACGACGAGUGGCGCGACCGUCGGCCAAAGGGAUUGACGCAUUUUUGA